AUGUUCCGCAAGAUAGCGAUUGACGAGGCUUUGAUCUCAGCUUUUGUGGAGAGGUGGCAGCCAGACACGAACACCUUCCACUUGCCUUUUGGAGAGAUGACGAUCCUCCUCCACGAUGUUCAGUACUUACUGCAGAUUCCUGUUGAGGGACGACUGAUGAGUAGGACUUCUGCGCAGCUUGACCAUCCGGAGGUGGGUUUGUGUGCGCUUCUUGGGAUGAACUCGGAGCAGUUGAGUGGUCGUUCGGAGGCCCCUGGAUUUGGUAGUAAGGGUAAGUGGUACGACAAGGGUGGUUUUCUUGCGGAGAUGGCAUCCAGAUACUUGCAGGUGAACGUGACACAUGUGACAGAGGCGCAGUCGUACUUGUUGUUGAUGUUGGGGUCCACUUUGUUUGUGGACAAAAGUAGAGACAGGGUUCGGCCGGUGGUGAAGCUAUUUUUGGACGAGUUGGAGGAGAUAGAUCAGUACAGUUGGGCGUCCGGUACACUUGCUUGGUUGUACAGAUGCCUUGGUCAGGCGUCUCGUGCUGGUGCCAGCGGGGUGGCUGGUUGUCUCACACUUCUGCAGUGUUGGAUCUACAAGUACUUUCCGGGUUUCAGGCCAUCUCACUUUGAGCCACCUGUCGUUGGACCUGAUGAGGCUUGGGCUUCACGAUGGAUUGGGCAGCCGGCGACUGGUUCUGUGGCUGAUCCCAGUGUGAGGUUGGCGUUCUACCGUCGAGCUCUUGACAGCUUGACCCCUUCUGAUGUGUUUUGGACACCUUUCCAUCAGAGGCCUCAUCAGGCAGUGCGUCGCUCUUUGUACACUGGAGUGAUUCGGUUCGCUGAUAUAGGCGAGUUCUAUGAUCCAGCCCGUUGCCUCCGACAGUUUGGAUACCGACAGAUGGUACCGCACUAG